GGGGACAGGUGGUGAGAAAGAUAUUUCGCCUCCAUAGCGGCUGUGCAUUCCCCUGUGCUGGGCGCGUCCCUUCACUGCGGUGGUUUCAGCAGCUGCCAGCGCCGCAUCACCUCCGCCCAGCUUCCUUCCCCGGGCCGGCCCGGCUCCGCUGCUGCCGGCGCCGCUGCUGGGGCUGCGGGGGGCGUCCGGCCGGGGCAGCGCGGCCUCAGUGGCGUCACAACCGCCUCGGGGUCCGCCCUGGGUGGGGCUGCUCUCACCAGCGCCCUUGUGGCUGCCCCAGACUGGGGGGCCCCCGCUCUCCCCCCUUAACCUUUUUGACCUGCUGCCUUUGCUGGGGCCGGCUCUAGCCAUCCUGGCUGCUCCUUCUGCCCCGACGGUGACUGAUGUGCCUGCCCUGCGCACCCCUGCCAACACCCCCUGUAAUUCCCUCAGCUGCCUUGGACCAUUCAGGAGCCCUUUUUUGAAAAGCUCCAGUACUACAGAAGUAAAACAAUGUCCAAAGAAUGUGAUUUACAUAAGAAAGAGAAAGUGUCAACCAUUUGCAACCUGCUGUAUCAGGCACCACCAGGUGAAUUUAGUAAUGUAUUUGAAGAUCUCCGUACUCUGGUCCAGGAUGAUGAGCUGAUGAGGGAGGAGGUUGCUCAGGUCUGUGCCCAUCACAAUAAGAACAACUUCACUACAGUCAGAAUAGAAGGAAGAAAUAUACUGGUGACUCGCUAUAAUGACUUGGGAGGAAAUCGCUUCUUUGACCCUCAAAACAAAUUUUCUUUCAAAUUUGAUCACCUGAGUGAAACAACAAGCAAAUUUCAGCUUCAUGGUGUGCUGUUAGAUGAGACAGAGUUAUGGAGAAGAGCCCUCAAUAGUGCUUUAAAGGCAUAUGUGAGCAGUUACUUCCCUUCGGGGGACUGCAGUGUGUUUAGAAAAACUUUGAAGAAUAGGCAGAUAUUUGUGGUUUGCAUUGUAGGUCACGAGUACAAAGCCCUGGGUUUCUGGAAUACCACUUGGAAAUCGGAAUGGACUUUUGCCCUAUCUCCGGUUAUUACGCAGGUUACAGGAAUCUAUCAUUUGCAAAUACACUACUUUAAUUAUGCUAAUCUUCACAUGACAGUGAGUAAGACAACUGAAGAAGUCUUGCAUGUUAUAGACCAAGCACAGUUGGCCAUGGAUUUUGUGAAACUUAUAAAAGCUGAAGAUAACAAUUUUCAGGUUGCCUUGAUAGAAAACUUACAAGCCUUGUCAGAAGAAACCUGGGGAAAAACUGUACGAAGACGACUACCAGUCACUAACACUGUUAUGAACUGGAAUACGUUACUGACCAACCAGAACCUGGGGACCAGCGUUUCUAAAUGCAGAAUUUAAGUAAAUGUAUAGACCAAACAAAGCUAAUGAUUAUUGUGGACAACAGAUUUAUUUCUGGUUAAUUAAGGCAAAAACAGAGACUUUCAUCACUAGAUCACCACUUUGAAUUUAAUCCAAGUCAGUAGUUACUAAAAGUCGUUAACAUUUGAGGGGGUUUUUUACCUUCUGAAGUAACUGGUAUGGGUCAGUACCAGUGGUGAUUUGAUCUAGUGUGUAAGUGUGAAAUGUCUGUGUUCUUAUCUUCAGAAGUAAGUUCGCUUUACAUGGAAAUAAGUUCAUUUCACUAUAUAUUUAGAAUUCAUUAUGGGAAAAUAUAUAAAGCCACUGUUCUAACAGUAUUAAAGGGCAAACACCAACUGUUCAAAUAGCAUUGAAACAUAGGACAUUCAGCCUUCAAGUUAUGUUCAUAUAUGUCAAUGUUUUUCUAUAUUAUAAUCUUAUAAACUGAGACAUGAAAAUGGAAGGAAUACAUAUAUUGCAGCUGGUUGUUGGCAUUAUGUCAGGACCCACCAGUGAUGUGUCCUAGGAGCAAAAGAAGAAACUUUCAGUAGCUGUCAUCCUAGUGUAGCAGAAGUAAUGAAACAGAGCCAUUCCCCUCUCCUAGUUUUGACAGUUGAAUAAUAAGUAAAUUAAAGUAAAAUUUCAAAGAACAGAUUAUAGACGCAUGAUUUGCAAGCAAACUAGAGAAUGUGCUGGUAUGUAGUGCCGUUAUUAUAACAAUAGCACACAGAAGCAGCUGUGAACAUCAGGAUACCAUGGUGUGGCAGUAUUUAGAGAGAAAAUGAAAGCCAGUACCUGCCCUAAAGUGUUUUAUUUUAAGAACUGACAUAAAAAGUGGGUUUAAAACAGGACUGAUAGGCAGAAGAGGAACACAAUGAUAUGUUUGCAAACUAUAAUGCAGUGCCAUCCAAAGAUACUUCAAGUUGAGAUUUGGUACUAGUGAGUGUUUAGCUACAUUAUCAUAGUUCCCUGCCUUGUUUGCAGGGCUAACUAUUGUGGGCAGAACAGUGAGCUAACAGUUAUACUACUUUUAAUGCCAGAGCUAGCUAAUUUAGCAUUAGCUAAAACAGUUGGGGGCUAACCUUUUGGGCAGGCAUGCCAAACAUUAGCCCUGCACCCUCCCUGAGUGCCACUCUGAUCCCUUUCCCUUACCCAGUCAACUAUUCAGCUUUCUGCAACCUGUCCUGUGUUUCCUGACCAAGCUGCUGCUCUGCUUUUUGCUUCCUGUUUUGUGCUUCCUGCCUUAUAUGAUGUGCUGCUUUCUCCUCCCUGCUGUAUCUGUUUCUGAGCUGCCUGUCCCCUCCCCAAUCUACGGGACCUGAACCUGUUCAGCUUCCACAAGAGAAGGCUGAGGGGGGAUCUAGUGGCCUGUUACAAACUAGUCAGAGGGGACCAGCAGGUAUUGAGGGAGUCCCUGUUCCCCCGAGCACUACCAGGAGUGACUAGAAAUAACGGUCACAAGCUGGCAGAGGGUAGAUUCAGACUAGACAACAGGAGGCACUACUUCACUGUCAGGGCGGCUAGGAUCUGGAACCAACUUCCAAGAGAAGUGGUGCUGGCUCCUACCCUGGGGGUCUUUAAGAGGAGGCUAGAUGAAUACCUAGACGAGGUUGUUUGACCCCAGUGCUCUUUCCUGCCAUGGCAGGGGGUCAGACUUGAUGAUCUGUCAAGGUCCCUUCCAACCCUACAAACUAUGAAACUAUGAAUCUGCUGAGUCACACAGGCUGCCCACACCCUUUAUGGCAACUAUGCUGCAAGGUGGCUACCCCUGAACUAGGAUAUCUCUGCACAGAUAUGUCUUGUACUGUGUAAACUUACCCAAUUUUUCAGAUUUCAUACCCCAUAUUUCAUAGACACAAUGUGCCUAUACAUGUGCAGGGAGGUGGCUCUGAUGAACAGUAAUUGAGUCUGCUGGAGUGUGGUAAUUACCGCACUCCAGCAGGCUCCAGUGUCAUGUGUAUCAGCAUCCUUGUGCUGAAACAUGGCGGCAGGGGUGCUUUAACUAUAGCUCGUUUGAUGAGCUUUACUUAAAGUGCCCCUGCCACCAUUUUUUCAGCACAGGGACAGUGAUACAUAUGACAUUCCAGGCACUUUAAUUAGAGCGGCUCUCAGAGCUACUCUAAUUAAAGUGCUCCCCCCCACCUCCCUCCCAGAGCAUGUGUAUAAAUGCCCAAUAUUCUGUCUAUAAGUAAAUUUAACUUUUUUUCCUUAUUUAUUUAAAAAACUGUGAUGGGGUUUCUGUUCUAACCAUAGGCGGAGGAAGAAAAUAUGAUUUGGGCGGGGCUGAGUGCACACACAUGGCCCCCUACCCUCCCCUAGCAAAUAAGUCUGUCACGGGGAAGAGGCAUGAGAGGGCAGAUUGAGAUCCCCACAAGUGGGGCAGGGGCUGGGGUGAAUGGAGCUCCAGGCCGUGGCAGGUCAUGGGAUGCUUGGAGCCCGGUCGGUUCAUCCAGGGGUGCAGGGGGACUCCUGCUGCUAGGCGCACCCCCGGGGCAGGCACAGGAAGCAUGUUCUCCCUGGAUCUGUGUGCAGAGCAGAGGCAGCUACUG